UUCCAUCAUCCUCUCUUCUAUGAAAGAAGAGAAAGGCUGGUCGUCAGAAAUAUCCUCUCUCUUUAUUUAUUUCUUCUUUUAUAUAUUCGUUGACUGCUUCCUUUUCAAAUGCUUUUUUUUGGUGAAGGUUGUUUGGGCGCAGAGGAUGUUUGGAUGCGCCCUUAAUAAAAAGUAUACGGUAGAUUUUUUACAGAUGCCGUUUCUUGGAUUUCGAAAAGAUGCUAAAAACCAUACAUAAUUUUAGAAAUUAUGAAUCAUUUGGAAUCACUGACGAUUAUGUAGAUAUUCAGAUAAACAGGGGUCGCAAUUUUAAGACUUGCGCCCCAAUAUACUCGCGCCCAAAAAUCCAAUUCCUUUUCAAAUUCUUUUUACUUCUUUUGCCUCUUCCCCAUUUACUCCGCCAGCCCCGCCAAAAUCGAUACUAACAUUUUCUACUCUUUUUUCAUUCUUCCCUUUGCUUAUUUCUUUUUUUCUUAUUUUACCAUCGUCUUGUCAAAUGGCCGUCAUCCGCCCCCGGUCGUCGCCCUUUGCCUUCUUUUUCUAAACUUCCCUUUGCUUUUCUUUAUUUUUCAGUUUAUCCCUUUUCUUUUUAUACUAAACACAACUACUUCUUCUUUUUCAUCAGUCCAUUGCAGGUCGUCCUCUUUUUGCCAUCUUCUUUUCUUUCAUUUCUUUUUUU